AUGCCCCGAGCCCCGGUCAGCGACGGCCUCUGUCGCCUCUCGGCCUACCUGGAAGAACUGGAGGCCGUGGAGCUGAAGAAAUGCAAGCUGUACCUGGGCACCGAGGUGGAGGCGGGCAGGAUCCCCUGGGGGCGGCUGGAGGCGGCCGGGCCGCUUGACGCGCAGCUGCUGGUGGUGCACUGCGGGCCGGACGCCGCCUGGCCGCUGGCGCUGGGCCUCUUCCAGCGCAUCAACCGACGGGACCUGUGGGAGAGAGGACAGAGGGAGGACCCGGUGAGGGAUACUCCGCCUGGUGGCCCAUCCUCACUGGGAAGCCAGUCAGCAUGUUCUCUGGAAGUCUUUCCUGGACCUCCAAGAAGAGAUCCCCGGGAAGCCUACAGGGACUAUGUCCGCAGGAAGUUCCGGCUGAUGGAAGACCGCAAUGCGUGCCUAGGGGAGUGCGUCAACCUCAGCCACAGAUACACCCGUCUCCUCCUGGUGAAGGAACACUCAAACCCCAUGUGGGCCCAGCAGAAGCUUUUGGACACUGGCUGGGGACAGGCGAGAACCGUGGGACACCAGGCCAGCUUCAUCCAGAUGGAGACCCUCUUUGAGCCCGACGAGGAGCGCCCCGAGCCGCCACGCACUGUGGUCCUGCAGGGAGCAGCGGGGAUGGGCAAGUCCAUGGUGGCCCACAAGGUGAUGCUGGACUGGGCCGACGGGAGGCUCUUCCAGGACAGGUUUGAUUACGUCUUCUACAUCAACUGCAGGGAGAUGAACCAGAGCACCACCGAGCAGAGCGCCCAAGACCUCAUCUCCAGCUGCUGGCCUGAGCCCAGCGUGCCCCUCCAGGAGCUUGUCCGAGUGCCUGAGCGCCUCCUAUUCAUUAUUGAUGGCUUUGAUGAGCUAAAACCCUCUUUCCACGACCCUCAGGGCCCCUGGUGCCUCUGUUGGGAGGGGAAACGGCCCACAGAGCUUCUCCUUUGCAGCCUGAUUCGGAAGAAGCUGCUGCCCGAGCUGUCGGUGCUCAUCACCACCAGGCCCACCGCUUUGGAGAAGCUCCACCGCUGGCUGGAGCACCCCAGGCAUGUGGCGAUCCUGGGCUUCUCUGAGGCAGAAAGGAAGGAGUACUUCUACAAGUAUUUCCACAACGUGGAGCAGGCUGACCAAGUCUUCCAUUUCGUGAGGGACAACGAGCCCCUCUUCACUUUGUGCUUCGUCCCCAUGGUGUGCUGGGUCGUUUGCACCUGCCUCAAGCAGCAGCUGGAGGAUGGGGGGCUCCCAAGGCAGACAUCCAAGACCACCACAGCGGUGUACAUGCUGUACCUCCUGAGUCUGAUGCAGCCCAAGCCGGGGAGCCCAACCCUCCAGCCCCCACCCAACCAGAGAGGGCUGUGCUCCUUGGCAGCAGACGGCCUCUGGAAUCAGAAGAUCCUGUUUGAGGAGCAGGACCUCCGGAAGCAUGGCCUAGAUGGGGCAGACGUAUCUUCCUUCCUCAACAUGAACAUCUUCCAGAAGGAUAUCAACUGUGAAAAGUUCUACAGCUUCAUCCACCUGAGCUUCCAGGAAUUCUUCGCUGCCAUGUACUAUCUCCUGGAUCCCGGGGAGGGUGGGUCCGGCCCAGAGCAGACCGCGACAAGGCUGCUGGCUGAGUACGGGUUUUCAGAACGGAGCUUCUUGGCCCUUACCGUCCGUUUCCUGUUUGGACUCCUGAAUGAGGAGAUGAGAAGCUACCUGGAGAAGAGUCUUUGCUGGAAAGUCUCGCCUCACAUCAAGGUAGAGCUACUGCGGUGGAUCCAAAGCAAAGCUCAGAGCGAGGGCUCUACUCUGCAGCAGGGCUCCCUGGAGCUCUUCAGCUGUCUGUACGAGAUCCAGGAGGAGGAUUUUAUCCAACAGGCCCUGAGCCACUACCAAGUGGUCGUGGUCAGCAACAUGGCCACCAAGAUGGAGCACGUGAUUUCCUCCUUUUGUGUGAAGAACUGCAGGAGCACCCUGGUGCUGCAUUUGCACGGGGCUGCCUACAGCAUGGACGAGGACGAUGGGGGGAGAUGGGCUUCGGGGCCCCAGACGCUGCCGGCACAGUCACCCGAGAAGAACGUUUUGCCAGAGGCCUACAGCAAACAGCUUGCUGCCUCUCUGAGCACCAGUCCGAACCUGACGGAGCUGGUUCUGCACCGCAACGCGCUGGGCAGCCGGGGCGUGAGGCUGCUGUGUCGGGGGCCCCGACACCCCGACUGCAAACUUCAGAACCUGAGCCUGAAGAGGUGCCGCGUGGCCAGCUCUGCGUGCCAGGACCUCGCGGCCGCCCUGAUGACCAACCAGAACCUAACGAGGGUGGACCUAAGCUGCAACGGGCUGGGGCUGCCGGGCGUGAGGCUGCUCUGCGAGGGGCUCCGGCAUCCCAGAUGCAGGCUGCAGGUGAUCCAGUUGAGGAAGUGUCAGCUGGAGCCUGGGGCUUGCCAGGAGAUCGCCUCCGUGCUCAGCACCAAUCGACACCUGGUGGAGUUGGACCUGACGGGAAACGCCCUGGAGGAUUUGGGUCUGAGGCUGUUAUGUCAAGGCUUGAGGCACCCAGUGUGUAGGCUGCAGAUCCUGUGGUUGAAGAUUUGCCGCCUCACUGCGGCUGCCUGUGAGGAUCUCGCCUCCACCCUCCUCAGCGUGAACCAGAACCUGAUGGAGCUGGAUCUAAGCCUGAAUGACCUGGGGGACCCUGGGGUGCUGCUGCUGUGUGAGGGCCUCAGGCAUCCCCAGUGCAAGCUUCAGACCCUCCGGAAGUUGGGCAUUUGCAGGCUCAGCUCGGCCGCCUGUGAGGGUGUCUGCUCGGUGCUCCAGGUCAACCGCCACCUUCGGGAACUGGACCUGAGCUUCAAUGACCUGGGGGACGCGGGCAUGUGGCCGCUGUGCGAGGGGCUGCGACACCCCACCUGCAGGCUCCAGAAACUGUGGCUGGAUAGCUGUGGUCUCACAACCAAAGCCUGUGAGGAUCUUUCUUCCGCCCUCGGGGUCAGCCAGACCCUGACGGAGCUCUAUCUGACCCACAACGCCCUGGGGAACGCAGGGGUCAGGCUGCUCUGCAAGGGGCUGAGUCAUCCCGGCUGCAAACUUCGAGUCCUCUGGUUAUUUGGAAUGGACCUGAAUAAAAUGACCCACAGAAGACUGGCAGCCCUUCGGCUAACGAAACCUCACCUGGACAUCGGUUGCUGAACAACCACUGGCUGUUCUCUUGGGAGUCAGGACAGAGGAAGGUGAUCCCAGGACCAGCGCGUUAGUCAACGUGAUGAUCAGGCUCUUUUAGCUCCUGCAAACUCCCACGCAGGAUAAAUCCCUUCUGCUUGGGGACUGUCAUCAAUGUGUGAUGGAGCGUGGAGCAUUAGUUUUGGGAAUGCGGAUGUCAUGGAGAGAACUUAGGACAGGGCCCCAGAUGGUUCUCAGCAGAGGGUGAUUUUGCACCCCUGUCCCUCCCCGGGGCACUUGGCAAUGUCAGGAGACAUUGGGGUGCUGCUGGGAGCUAUUGGAUGUAGUGGGUGGAGGCCACGGAUCCUCCCAAACAUCCCGCAAAGGACAAGACAGCCCCCUACGGCUAGAGUGUUUAGUUAAAAUGACAUUUGUGCGAGGCUGAGAAACCUCGUUCAAGGACCAGCGGUGCAACGGGAGUGCCAGGCAGCGUGCCUUAGGACGCUGGUCAUGCCAGCGGGCACACCCGCACCCUCGCAGUCUUGUUCUGCAGGUGGUCCUGCCGCCGGGCUGGAGGCAGGUGCACGGCGGUUGGACCCCUUGCCAGGGUUAGCCGACUGUGGGCCGGCCAAGCAUCUGUACUGUGCUGUGGAUAAGAACUCGAACAAACCCAGGUUUUCCCUGUUGGGAGAUAGGGAACCUCAGCCCCAGCCGGUGACGGGCAGGAACCCCCAAGGACACCGGGAGCAUGCCGCUCGCACUGAAGCCCUAAGUGAAGGUGUCUGGGAAAGACUGGAACUUCCUAGGAAGCAGAGGUAAUUUGUCGAGGAACCCGUGACUUGUAAUCCAUGGAUGUCUGGAAAGGGAGGUAAAUCAGAUUCCUCAGACGUCAUUCCUGUGGGCAUCAAUAAACGUCCCACGAAUGGUCACAUCACACUCGGCUCCUGGAAAUCCAGCCCUUUCCAUGACUGAGCUCCCUGUAGCGUGUCUGGCCUCCAGCCCCCCCUCCCAAAGAGCCCCACGGGUCAUGACCGAGGCACUUAGAGCUGAAGCAGAAACAUGGGCCCGAUGCCCGGACUCUGGGCUGCCUCUCGCGGAGAGCCCAGUAAGGUCCGUGGGAGGCUCUUGGGAGGACUAAGGUUCAACAGGAUGCCUUGUAAGGCGGCGUUUGGGGAUCCUGGUUAGUGGCACGGUGGAAGGGACGAGGCAGCUCCCUAGGCCUGACUUUGGGGACCAUACUGCAGUACUUUGGGGAGACCCACGGGGCAUAACCCUCCAGGACCAGGGAGGGUCUGUUCCAUUGAAAUGGUUAUGAAGCCUAGCAGUCCAUUCCCAGUAAAAGCUCUUAAAAACCAGCAGCUAAGUUUAGCGUGUGCUGAGCAUUUUUUCCGUUAACAGGGAGGAAAAAUGGCAUUUUAGGACAGCCUAAAAUAGCAGCCCUGCUGGAUGCACCCCCCAGCACAGGCAGCAUUACAUUUUCCCACUGUGAAACUCGAGGUCCUGCAUCCACUUGAAUCCUACAAAGGGGAACCACAAGGCGCUCAUUCCUGACACCCUCCUUCCAUUGCCCUUUUCUCAGUAUGACCACUGUCUUGAGCUUAGCUUAUUAUCUCGACCCACUUGGGAUUGUGGA